CAAUGGAGUAGCCAUUGUAUACAGACUGGACUAUUGAAGAAGACAUGGUCGCUGCCAGCGGUUCCACCAGCGCAGCGCCGUUGCCGACACUUACUACACCACAGAGAGUGUGUCUUUGCUGUGUAAUUGUUGCCCACGACGAGGCUUACAAGUGUGGUAGGCAGAUACUGUACUUAGCAAUUGCGAAGAAUCCCCUCUAACUCUAAACGCAUAAAACGUUGAAUGUUUGCACGGACCGCGCUACGAAGUUCCUGUUGCCAGAGUGCAACACCUGCGUGUUCUUGGUGUCGAUGGCAAUUUCAUGUGCCAACCCAUCGGUCGUAGGUCGUCGCUCCUUCUUGGCAGCAACCGGUUUGAUGGCAAAGCGGCUAUCACCGUAGACGAAGACGGAGCCGACGACCAGGAACACACCGAAGUAGAAGGAGAACGUGGCUGUCUGGUCGAACAUGUAGUUGGAGAUGAUGCAUGACAAGAUAAGCGAGAAGGAUGUGCCGAAGUUCUUGACGAUGUUGUCCGAGUAGCGCACAACAGCAGCGAUAGUGAGUCCACCGACGGCCUGUAAGAAGAUCACUGCAAAGACCGUCGGGUGGAAACCGUGGAAGAAGCCAUUCGUCCACACUUCGCCAAAGUUGCGCACGAGGUCGAAGCAAGUGACGCCCACAGAGAUGGCGGACAGCUGCAGGUUGCGCGUCCAGAGCGGGUCAAGCGUCUGCUGAGUCUGGACGCCCUUGUGAGACUUCAUGACGCGCUCAAAGUAGGCUGCUGCAAGGCCAGAAUUGACUGCCAGUCCAAGCAUAAUGCAGAUACCAAUGAAUCGCUUGGUGCUUGUGGCUUCGUCCGUGUGCUGCGAUCCACUCGGUAGUCGCGAGUAGGAGCAGAUGGCUACACCGGCCAUUAGUGCUACCAUAGCGCACCACUGUACGGCACUGAAGCGACGAUGUAGCAGCACGAUCAUGAACAUGGCGGUGGUGAUGAUUUUGAGCUGGUACACGAUCUGGUACGUGGCCACGUCCACGUAGUCAUAGGCCACGAGAGCGAACAUGUUCUGUAGCGCGUACAGGAAAGCGAGCACCGCCAUCUUCGUGAGUCCCGUCUUGUCAGCGAAGACUUCGAUCUGUAGCGUACGCACGGACGCCUUGACGUUGCCUCGUUUGGUCUUGAGAAGCAUGAGGUAGCACAGCACGAACUUGAGCAUCUCCACGAGCAGCACGACGGAGCUGGGACGGUACUUCGGUCCGGCCUUGGCUCGUGAGUACUUGGACACGAUGGACAGCGCCGUGUUCUGCAGCACCAGCAUCACGAAGCUCACAUGCUUGAGUGAAAUCCCCAUGGUGGCUGUGGCUAGAAGAGGGAAGGACGAACUGUGAGCGACGCCGACCGAGCUCAAAGGGAUACUUAGCCCAGCGCUUCCACCGUUACCGCACUCGUCGCGUAAGUAACUGCUGAACCUUGAAUGACGUUUGUAUUGCUUACAAAUUGCAAGUAUAAUUCCGACUGACCAAUCAGCGUCGAGUACGUCGUUCAGUCGUGAAUCGCACUUAAUCGAAGUGGAUUCAUCUUUUUUGAAGCGAAUCAUAGAAGAAAACAUGGCGUCGGGUUUCGGAGAGUGUUGGUGAUCGGGGACAGUCAUAUCCCGAAUCGAGCCUCGGAGAUCCCCGAGAAGUUCCAGAAGAUGCUGGUUCCUAACAAGAUGCAGCACGUCCUGUGCACUGGAAAUAUGGUGACCAAGGAGCAAUUCGAUGAGCUGCGUAACUUGGCGCCCAACGUCCACCUCGUGGCAGGAGACUGCGACCAGGAGGGAAUAUACCCCGAGACGAAGGUCAUUACAAUUGGUCAGUUCCGGAUUGGGCUAUGUCACGGACAUCAGAUCGUCCCGUGGGGCGACCAGCACAGUCUCGCAGCUCUACAACGAAAAAUGAACGUCGACAUUCUUGUCACUGGCCACACCCACAGGUCCCACAUUCGAACGGAACAUGGCAAGUGGUUCAUCAACCCUGGAUCCAUAACAGGCGCCUUUAGUAGCGUCUCCAGUGACGUGAUCCCGAGUUUCAUGCUCAUGGCGUUGCAGGGGCCCAAAGUCGUCGCCUUCCUCUAUGAACUCAAAGGCGACAACGUCGUCGUUUCCAAGAGUGAGAUCACUAAAGAGAUGUAGUGAUUGUUUCAAGCUUCAAUGUCUUGUACUGUUGCUAUUUCUCCAUGUUCAGUGGGGUGGGGGCCAUCAUGCUGCAAAAGACCAGGAGGAAUAUCCUGGUGUGAAAUCCUGUUG